AAAUAUCAGGACGUGUUGUGUCCAACAUAUUGUGAAAGGCAAUUGUUUCAUAUUCUUGAUUUUCGAUGCAAAUCAUUUUGGAACAGAACUGAUUUGAAGUUAAUCGACCAAGACCCUGAAUAGCUUCGAUCGUGGAAUUUUGUACUGUUAAACUUCAAAUAUACAGUUCAAGACGAGCCACACGCUGUUGUCGAUACAGCGUGUUGGGGCCAUUGAGUUUCAUUCAUUUGUUGCAACCUACCGGCAUUGGAGUUGCAUUGAAUAGAUCUGCGGAAGGCCAAACGUGUCCAAAUAAAUAAGCGCACUCAAAGAUAGGCAACUACUUGCCAAAUCUGAUAAUAUAAAUCAAAACUUUAGUCUUGUUAUUAUUAGUGGAACUAACUAUUGGUGAACAAGAGUGUUGAUUGGAGAAAGAGAGACAAGAAGUAGAAUUUUUAGAAACAGAAUAAGAGAAAGAUGUCUGCACAGGAGGAAACUGCAGCUGACAGGAAUGUCGAAAUAUGGAAAAUCAAGAAACUGAUCAAAAGUUUACAGGCAGCAAGAGGGAAUGGAACCAGUAUGAUUUCACUCAUCAUCCCACCCAAGGAUCAAAUCUCAAGAGUAGCAAAAAUGUUGGCUGAUGAAUUUGGAACGGCUUCAAACAUAAAAAGUAGAGUAAACAGACUGUCCGUGCUCUCAGCAAUCACAUCAGUACAGCAACGUCUCAAACUAUAUUCCAAAGUACCUCCAAAUGGGCUCGUCAUUUACUGCGGGACGAUCGUCACGGACGACGGCAAAGAGAAGAAAGUUAACAUUGACUUUGAACCAUUCAGGCCUAUCAACACAUCGCUGUACUUAUGUGAUAACAAAUUCCACACAGAGGCUUUGAUGGCAUUACUGGCAGACGACAAUAAAUUUGGUUUCAUCGUGAUGGACGGUAACGGUGCUCUAUUUGGUACACUAUCGGGAAACACUAGAGAAGUCCUUCACAAAUUCACAGUAGACUUACCAAAGAAACACGGUCGUGGAGGUCAGUCCGCUCUUCGUUUUGCCCGUCUCAGGAUGGAGAAGCGCCACAAUUACGUGAGGAAGGUCGCCGAGACGGCGGUCCAGCUGUACAUCAGUAACGACAAGCCCAACAUCGGGGGUCUCAUCUUAGCAGGGUCUGCUGAUUUCAAGACGGAACUCAGCCAGUCAGAUAUGUUUGAUCCUAGGUUGCAAGCUAAAAUUCUCAAAUUGGUUGACGUAUCGUACGGUGGAGAGAAUGGAUUUAAUCAAGCUAUUGAACUAUCAGCAGAGGUCUUAUCAAAUGUCAAAUUUAUUCAAGAGAAGAAACUUAUUGGUAAAUACUUUGACGAGAUCUCCCAAGACACGGGGAAGUACUGCUUCGGAGUAGAAGAUACGUUCAAAGCCCUCGAGAUGGGGGCAGUAGAAAUCCUAAUUGUAUGGGAGAAUCUAGACGUCACACGAUAUGUACUCAAGAACCACUCUUCAGACGAGGAAAAGAUACUUCAUCUAAAUCCAGAACAAGAGAAAGACAAAACCUACUUCAUUGAUAAAGAUACUGGUGUAGAGUUGGAAUUAGUUGAAUCAAUAGCCCUUCUUGAAUGGUUGGCAAAUAACUACAAAUCCUUUGGUGCCACGCUCGAGAUCAUCACAGAUCGAUCGCAAGAAGGAUCUCAAUUCUGCAAGGGCUUUGGUGGUAUUGGUGGCCUUCUCAGAUACCGUGUGGACUUCCAGCAGUUAGAUUACGACGAGGACGACGAUGACUACGGAGACUACGACGGCUACUAGAAAGGGGUCGCGACCCCCCGUCAUCUCGUAUCCUCAAUAGGAAACACAGAUGGACUAAAAAUUGAAUCUGAAUGAAAAAAACAAAAGAUAUUCGCCUAGGAUUUCAUGGUCAUUAUAAUCCUUUCAAUGCAGUAUCAUAUGCAGGGGCACAUCUAAGGGGAAUGCGCCUCUGCCUUCCUUUAGAAUUAUUUCCUAAACUUAUCCUUGCUAGACAUCGAGUCUGGU